GCCACCCAGUCAACACCAGCCACCCAGUCAACUCCGCUGCGCCGCUCACCUAGAUUCACCAACACUGCCAACCCGCAACACCUGUUCCCUCCUGUUCUCUCUUGCCCUCGUGGGAAGCCCUUGACCAUAGAGGAAAAAUAUAUGGUUGUCAGAAUGGCGAGAUUCCUUUACCUUCACGCAGACAACUAUCCCGGCAACCCAGCUGCACUUGACGCACGUGGGAGAACGGCAGAGGCCUGUGGAGUUGGCAACAAGACCGUCACAGCGCUUUGCAAGGGGUACCGUGAAACCCAAAUCUUUGAGAAGUCCGUUGACAAGAGGGGAAAGUACGAACGUCUCCGACUGAACCACCGUGCCAUGAAAAUUGAUAUCCGAGAGCUGCUUCAUACUCUCAACGCUGGAGGCUCCCCAGUCUCGUCAAACAUUGUGCGCCAGCGUAUGGUUGAGCUGUGGAAGGUCAACAUAUCGACAAAGUCUAUCAACCGUAUCCUUAAAGGGCUUGGCUUCAGCUGGGCCAACGCUUCAGCCGGUCAGUCAUACACUGAAACCCUUGAGAUUCACCGUAAGCGCUCAGAGUAUUUGCGAGCAAGGAUGGAGAUGCGUACCAAUCCGACUGGCGAGAUGGAGAUGUGGCUAGAUGAAACAUACUGCAAUCAGCACCAUGUCCAGCGGAAGACGUAGUUGGUGGACGCAACUACAAUAGUGAAGAGAGGCAACAAAGGACCCAGACUCAUCAUUGUGCAUGCGGGAGGCCCUGAUGGGUGGGUUGGAGAACCCGU